UGGCACGGCCGCGCCGCUGCUGCGCUGGUGCCCAUAGGAAAGCGAGGCUGCAAGUUCGCCUCUGCCGCCUCGAGAGACUGCAGAUAAGAUUUUGAUCCAUGCAGUAUUAAAAGCUCUGUCCACAACUGGCAAAGCAAUGGCAUUGAUAAACUAAUAAUAAAUAAUAAAUGAAGACUACAAAAAAGUGCAAACUGUCAGACUGGAUGAAAGCCCAAAUGAAUAAUUCAUUUUUGGUUGCAUUAGACUGUAGCAGAGAUGCAACUGAAGAGGAAGAUGAUUAUUUAGUUUAUGAUGGAGAUAUAGGAAUAAGCUGUAAAUACAACAAUAAUUCAGAUAAUUUGAAUGCCUGUAGUUGUACAAAAGAUAUUUCUGGUAUUUUAAACUUAGCCUGUUCUGAAAAGAACAAAAACAUAAAAGCAGCAGCCAAUUAUGAAACUCCUCUACAGCCUGAAGAAUUCUCCAGUCAUCACAGAGGCACCAGAGGAACAACUGGAGUUCCAACUGAAAUGCCUGGAAAUGAAGCUCCCUUUCAGAAGGAAUUACCUGUUGGUAGUUCCAGUAAACCAGAUAUCAAAGAACACCUAAGUACCUCCAAGAUGUCCAAGGUCCUCCUGCGUCAUUUUCCUAGGGAAGAAUUACUAAGCACAUGCCACUUAAUUGAAUGUGAGACAAUACCAGAGGUGUCCUUUACUGAAAGUAUCGAUGACACUGGGAGCAAACCUGAGCCUUCAGAACACAGCAAAGGCUCUUUUGUGUAUGAACAAUGGGCAACGAGCUCUGAGGAGUAUCCCUUAGAAAAGCAUGAAGAAGUAAAGGCUUGUGACAAAAAUGGAAACUUGUUAAAUGGAAAUAAACCUGUUUCAAAGAAACCUGGUUUUUCUUCUGGUCAGUGUGGGUGCAGACAAGAAUAUUCACAAUUGAUUAAUGAGACUGGAGAUACACACGCCUUUCAAAACAUGAAAGAUGAGAGAGCCCUGUUUAAGAGAACCGUUUCACCUUGUGAGCUCAAAUACGACCAAGGGCAAGCUCACUAUUGCCUUCCUGACUUCUCUGAAGUUGCUUCAGAAGUACCAAAAACACCUUACAAUAUUACCUCAUCAACUGAGAGAGCAAAACCCGUUCCUAUUUUGCAAAGUAAAUCAGUAACUGUGAACAACAUUUUGGAAAAUAAGAAUUACUUCAAUUCUGCUGAAGUAGAGAAUCAAGAAGAAGGGAGCAUUUCAGAACUGCUGCAACAGCUACAGAUGCUGACACAGCAUGCUGACAUCCAGAAUCAUAUUGACCAUCUGAGAUUUAAUCCUAAGAUACUUCCUCAGUCAGACUUUGCAAAUGGCAACACUGCCAUUUCCUCAGGACACACUGGGACACCACCUGACAUCAUCACAUUACGUGCUCCUGUCCCUCUACAGCCUACACAUGGUUUGCUUAAAGCAAGACUGCAGCCUGGAACAGCAGCAUCAGCACUACCAGCAGCUGGGACAGUAAAAGCACAGUGUCUAAAUCCUUCUGAUUCACCACCAGAACUAACACUAGGAGAAAAGAUGUCUCAAAUACUAAAGGAUCAGACAGAGAAACUGACUAAGAAAGUGGAAGACUUCUCUAAGCAUAUGAGCCAUGAAACACUCUUUCUACAAGACAAAUAUCUGGUUUUAAAUCAACUGAAAAGAUACCUUGAUGCCUUGGAAAGAAAUUAUUUAAAAGCUAGAGAAGAGCACCACAACUUACAGCUGCAGAACUACAAGAACAAGCCUAUCAACCUUGGAGAGUUUGAUCCUGAGAGAAGGGUGGAAGGAGGAAUAUUCAGACUUGGCAUGCUGCUUGAAGACAUUCAGGAACAAAUUGAUGGCAGCAAAGGCAGCCUGUCAUCGUUACUGACUUCCUAUGAAUCUGCUCAGUCUUUCUGUGAGAGCUUGGCAGUUUCAAGCACUGCUGAUCUUCCACAAACAAGAGGUACUGAAACUCCAUUUUUUCACAAGAAGCAUAACAGAGAAAGAAGCCAGACAACUGAUGUAAUCCCACCAGCAAAUCAACUUUCUUUAGACAGCAAAAAGUGCAAUCUUUGUCUCCACAUAAAUACAAACAUCCAGGAAGGAAAAACUGGAACAUUGCCGCUCUUCGUGCAGAGGAGACCAACUGAUUUAUCAGAUACCAACCUGAGCAGUGAUACAGAAGACUUCUCAGCCUGUGAUUCUUAUAAUUCACAAAGCAAGGACCUUCUCAACUGUGACAGUCUAAGUUACAAAUCAUUAAAUAUGAGAUUAUGUGGAGAGAGACAAGGACUUAGAUGCAGAUGCCCCAGAGGAAGCAGAGAUCAAGUAAAACUCAGGAAUUACAAAGAGUCUGUUCAGUCUUGUACCCUAUGUAGAAAAAGAAACUGUGGUUCAUCCUCUUAUUCACAGAAGAGAAUCUCCACUCAAAAGGCUCAAAAACCCAAACAGCCAGGUGAAGUUGUAACCAGACUUAGUGAAAGGAAACCCUUUGUGGCUGCCAAAACCUGCUGUUCAAGCACAUAUGGUAAAAUUAUCCUUUCACAUCAAUACAUACCCAGUAAGAAAUCUGCCCAAAGAAAAUCUGCAAUUAACAUCAGAGACACAAAUGCCAACAAUCCCUAUGCAAAUGUUUUAAGUUCUACUCUGGAUCAUGCCAUAGAGACAGCAAACAGUUUGAAGAAAGCUACAGAGCGAAUGGUACAAGCAGUUUCAGAAGAUCUAGCUGAAGUUAAAAGAAAACAGUUUUAAUUAUCUAGUUCAAAUGCUGUAUUGUUCUGCUGGUUGAUACUGAAGUGUUAGUAUCUCUGCAAAAAUCAAAUGAUGAAGACACACAUGAAAAAGUCAGCUAGCUUACUUUGUCAGUUAUUCUGUACCUAUUGGUACUAAACCAAACCAGAGCACAUAGGUAUUCCACAUUUACGCUCAGUCUUAGAGCUGUAAAACAAUUUAAUAAUUCUACUGGAAGUCUUUAGUAGGUUGGCUAAUCCCCAUUACUGUGUACAGAUGCCUUCUCUAAGUAUUCACUUAAGACAGCUUAAUAAAAAUUGGCUUAAACAAGCAAAAUUAACUUUCUGACUUGGAUUUCCCCCCACUCCCAAGUGUGAGAAUAAAUCUCAGUCAUUACUACAUAUCAUUUCUUCUCACACUUCAACAGCAGCUGCUUCAUUACACCAAGAGAAAAUAACCUCUAUACCUGAGACAUCUAGAAGUAAACAUGUUAGCAUACCAAGUCAUAGUCAACAUUUGGAAUUAUUUUGGUUUUAGAGUGCCCUACAUUGAGAGUUGUUUGUUUUUAAGAAACAUCCUUGAAUGUUGCAAUGACUGAAUUACACCAUUUGUUGUUUAUGUAUUUGUAACAAUUAAAUUGGUUCCUUCAAUUUGAUUUCCUUAAUUUGUCAGAUAUAUCUGGCUUUGACAUUUUAGCUGAUGGUAAGUAGGCUGGAAAAUUUUAAAAUACUGUAUAAAUUCAGUGAGCCAAGAAAAGUCAUCUAUUAUUUUCCUUCUAACACCCAUUUAACUGCAGUGAUUAAAGGCAAGCAGUUAACAUCCUUGUUUUAUCAGGGAUGCUACUCGCUGAAGCCAAAGUACAUAAGGAGUGAUGAAAACCAAAUUAGAAAUGCCAGUGCAUUCCUUAAAAAGGACAGUCAUUUUCUGUGCAAUUUCAUCAGUGGAGGACACUGAAAUAAUCCAGACUGUCCACACAAGCAGUGAUUGCUAAACUCACUGCCAUGUGCCACUUACUCACUAGCCUGAGUCAAUGGCUUUUUUCAGGGCUUCUUCCAGCCCUUGUUCUUCACAGCCAACAGUAUCAUUCAACUUUUUUCCUCCUUAGCCUCUUACUGUAUAUCCUUAUAACUUCAUUUGCCUCUCCUUAUUAUCCCUGGUUUUGCUUUAUUUAGUUUAAUGUUUGGAAUGUCGCCAUUAUUUGCAAAUGAACUUAUUAAAUGAAGUAAUUGCUGCA